CUCUCGCCAGGUCUUGGGUCCGCUACGCAGCCUGUCAGCUGGGGCUUCUCUGUUCCCGAAGUCCGAUCGGGGCUCUCGGGCGGCCCACCCCGCGUCAGAUUCUUGACCGCGUCCUACCCACGACAGCGGCCAAGGUGGCGGCGAAGCGUCGGGCCUCCAGCCGAUCUCUCCGUCUGUAAAACUCGGAUCCCGAUGCAUCCGAGGGCAGCUUUUGAAGACGGAAAGAGCCUCAGUUUAUGUUUACGAAUUUAACCUUCUCGAGUUUGGUGGUUAGAAUAGAGGGUUCAUCCCCGAGAUCUGGCUUUUGAUCGUACACUUCAGGGACAGGAGGUCAGUACCUCAAAGAGCAGCCUGUUUCCAUUUGGGGACGAACUAAGAUCUUCCUCGCCGAACUUUCAUUGUCUGGUUUUACUCAGAGCCACGCUAAGCCAUCCCUAAGUUCAGAGACAGCUGCCAUCUGCCCUCCCACACCCUUCUUGUGGCUUCAUGCUUCCAUGUUCCUUCACCUGACCGUUACAUGGCCACUCAUUCUGGUAAUCCUCUUCUGGAUUCAUUCCCAUUUUUCAGAUUCUCCCAAAACUAGGUUCCUAGAGUACGUUUGUAAGUAACACAGUUCUCAAGUCAGAUUUGAAUUCUAAUUCAGGGUUCUGCCAACUCAAGUAUGUGACUUUGGCCUAUGUUUACAUGAGCAUUCUUAUCUGCUAUCUGGUGCUAGUGCUUCAUAUUGAGCUCAUAUGGUCAGCUAAUCCAGCCAGAUCUUUAACCAACCAUCCUCUGUGCGUAAGUGAUUGGACUUUGAAAUUUCGUUCCUCUUAUUUUGACCAGCGUUUCCCCUCAGGGUAGAGCAGGAUUUCCAGUGAUAAGAUGGCUUUUCUUUCCAUUUCUUCUUUUCUUUGUCCUGGGCAGGGAUUCAACUCAUACCUCCUGCAUUUACACACUCUUCCUAAAACAGCCACUUGGAACAAUUUAAGUAAGAUAGUUCUAUCACAAAUUUUUUUCCUACUCAAAUGGAUUAUAAUGAGAUCUGACCAAAAAUCUAUUCUGCUUUUGGUUGGUGAACUGGAUCCAGUUUUUAAAACGACAUAGUACAUUUAAAAACAAGUUAAGGGAGAGGGGAGGUUAUAGCUCUGUGGUAGAGUGCCCGCUUAGCACGCAGAACCUCCUGGGUUCAAUCCCCAGUACAGUCAUUAAUAAAUAAACAAUAACGAUAAAAAGAUAAUAAACCUAAUUACCCCCCCAAAAGAAAAUAAAUUAAAAAUAAAAACAGUUAAGGGAGAGGUCACCUUAAAAGAAAAUGUGUAAAUGAGUUUUGUUUCAGAUGAGUUUGUGAAGAAACUUUAUUUCAUAGGUAUGCAAAGAAGCCUUUUCACACAGAUGUCCUUAGAGAUAAUAUGGAUCAGUCCGGAGUUCUCCUCUGGGUGAAAGCGGAACCCUUUAUAGUGGGCGCCUUGCAGGUCCCCCCUCCAUCCAAGUUCAGUCUUCACUAUCUCAGGAAGAUAUCCACCUAUGUGCGAACCCGGGCCACAGAGGGAGCUUACCCACGCCUGUCCUGGUCUACGUGGAGGCACAUUGCAUGUGGGAAGCUGCAGUUGGCUAAGGAUCUGGCGUGGCUUUACUUUGAAAUAUUUGAUAGUCUUGCAGUGAAGACACCAGAGGAGCGUCUGGAAUGGUCUGAAAUUCUGUCCAACUGCGUGUCUGAGGAUGAAGUCGAAAAGCAAAGAAAUCAGCUUUCAGUGGACACCCUACAGUUUCUGCUCUUCUUAUAUAUACAGCAGUUAAACAAGGUCUCCCUGAGAACAUCGUUGAUUGGAGAAGAGUGGCCUAGUCCCAGAAACAGAUCUCACUCUCCUGACCUCACUGAAAAGUCCAGUUGUCAUAAUAAGAACUGGAAUGAUUACAGUCACCAAGCUUUUGUCUAUGAUCAUCUGUCAAAUCUCCUUGAGCUGCUUUUAGAUCCAGAACAACUCACUGCAUCAUUUCAUUCAACCCAUAGUAGUCUAGUCUCUCGAGAAGCUGUCAUGGCACUCAGCUUUCUUAUUGAAGGGACAGUGAAUAGAGCCAGGAAGAUAUAUCCACUUUAUGAACUUGCACUGUGGCAACCACUGCAUGCAGAAAGUGGCUUCUCAAAGACCUCUAAGACCUUUUCUUUCUGCAAGCUGGAAGCCUGGUUGAGAGCCUGUUUGACUGGGAAUCCAUUUGGUACAUCUGCUUGCCUCAAGUCUGGAAAGAAAUUGGCUUGGGCUCACCAAGUUGAAGGGACAACCAAAAGAGCUAAGAUUGCUUGUAACACUCACUUGGCCCCUCGGAUGCACCGCAUGGUGGUGAUGAGCCAGGUUUACAAGCAGACAUUGGCCAAGAGCUCAGAUACUCUGGUGGGGGCACAUGUAAAGAUUCAUCGUUGCAACGAAUCUUUUAUAUAUCUGCUCUCUCCCUUACGAUCUGUGACAAUUGAGAAGUGUAGGAAUAGCACCUUUGUCCUGGGCCCUGUACAGACUGCUCUUCACCUCCACAGCUGUGAUAACGUCAAAGUCAUUGCUGUUUGCCAUCGCCUAUCCAUCUCUUCUACCACAGGUUGCAUCUUCCAUAUUCUGACACCUACACGCCCACUUAUUCUCUCUGGGAACCAGAGAGUAACGUUUGCCCCUUUUCAUACCCAUUACCCAAUGCUGGAGGACCACAUGGCCAGGACCGGCCUUGCUACUGUGCCUAACUGUUGGGACAAUCCCAUGAUCAUGUGCAGAGAGAACAGCAGCACAAGUGUCUUCCGACUCUUACCUCCGUGCGAAUUCUAUGUAUUUAUUAUUCCCUUUGAGAUGGAAGGGGACACAACAGAGAUACCUGGGGGUCUUCCAUCUGCAUAUCAGAAAGCACUGGGCCAAAGAGAAAAGAAAAUACAAAUCUGGCAGAAAACUGUGAAGGAGGCUUGUUUGACAAAGGAUCAAAGGAAGCAGUUCCAGGUACUUGUGGAAAACAAAUUUUAUGAGUGGUUAAUUAAUACAGGACACCAGCAGCAGCUGGACAGCCUUGUGCCCCCUGCAGCGGGCUCCAAACAAGCAGCAGGAUAAGACUUCCUCAUCAGAACACCGGGCCCUGGCAACAUGAGGAUGAGUGGCAGAUGGCCACAUGUGGAAACUAAAUUGGGAAGGUGCUCCUGCUGCUUAAGAGACUUUGGAGUUUCUGUUGUUUUUUUUUUUUCCUGUUCAAGACCUCUCCUUAAUUUUCCUUCCAUUCUUACUUGUUACUGUUUACAUUGAAUUUUAGCUAAACUUCUGACUAUCGUAGAAACAUACUGUUUAUUGAACAUCAGAAGGCUCAUUUUGUGAUGCUAAAAUGAAGAAGUUGAUGAAAGCUUGUAUAUAUGUUAAUGGUAUAGUGACUGAGUAUAGAUUUACAAGUAAACUUCACAUUUUAAUUUGUGUAAUGAAAGGGGUUUCAUCCUUUCUAGAGUUAAAUAAGAGUUUUAUAGUUCUUUGUAACUGUUUACAAAGGAAAUAGCUAUUCCUUUUAAAAAAGAAUUGGAAUGAAAGUGUGAUUUGUUGGCAUAGAAAUAUAGCAGAAGAAGUUUUAUUCAAAGAUAUUUUAGCCCUUAAGGUAUGCAGCAAUGAAAUUGUGUAAAAUCUUUAUUUUUUAAUUUCAUUUUCUGCUUCAGAUUUCCAGUAAACAUUCUAAAAAGUCAUUUUCUCCUUUUGAUAAAAAGAUAAAGCUUUACUUUUAAAUUUAGAAAAGGUUUCCAAUGUCAUUCUGUGAUGUUAUAUCAAAAUAAAGUUUACAUUUGGUUGAGAAAACUAUGUUCUUUAAGACAAAGGAAACAAUAAUUAGUUUAAUAAAAUAAAUCUGAUUGCUGAUAAACAUUGUUUCAUAUGUUCUAUGGCCAUUUAAUUAGUAAUUUUAUCAGAAGGGUCUUGAUCUCUUAUUUCUAAAGUGAAAAUUAACCCUCAAUGUAUUUUAAUUCUAAUUGGAGUUUUUAUAGUUUUUAUUUUAAGGUGAAAUUCAAGCAAGUAGAGCAUCACAGAUAAACACUGGAGUGACAGAAGUAUAUUUUGGAAAUUGCUACUGGUUCAUAAAAUUAAUGGUAUUGAUUAGAUGUUUUCUUUAAAGUUUAUAAAGUUCAGAAAACCAAGCAUAUACUUAAUACUUUGUUACUCAACAGUCUUCAUAUCAAGGCAUGUUUAUCAUUUUCUGAACUGACCAUGAUAUAUUUCGGGGCAUCCCAUUGAUAAAAAUAUUCACUGGAGGCCUUGUUAGUGGAAAGAUGAGGAAGUUGGACUUAUAAGAAUAUAUGUGACUAGGAAAAUUAAAAUGGAGAAGAGCCGAUUUGUUGUUUCUUUGAGUUUAUGUAAGAUGCAAUCUCAUUCCUAGAAUCAGAGGUACGUUAAGUGCCAAAAACUGUUCUCUACACAGGUUCCAAUAUGAUAUCAUGGCAGAGAACUGCCACCUAGCAGGUGGCAAGUUGAACUUAGAUAAACCUUUGCAAAUUCAGAAUUCCCACAGUAGCUUUCUGUCUCCCCGGCUGCACACUGUAGCACCCUUUCUUGUUGGAUUAGAACUUUGUGUGUUUUGAAAAAAUAUGAAACUCAACAUUUUCAGGAAUGAGAAUUCUUACAUGCCUUUUGUCCAGACUCACCAGUUGUUAACAUUUUGCCACAUCCAGCUUACCACUCUCUCUAUAUAGUAUUAUUAUUUUAUUUUUGCUCAACAACUUAGGAGUAGGUUGCAGACAUCUGGGAUCUUUAACCCCUAUAUAUGCUAGCUUGUAUUUCCUAAAAUCAGGCAUUCUCUUACAUGGUCAUAGUACAGAUGAUUAAAUUCAGGAAGUUUAACAGUGGUACAAUAGUAUUAUCUAAUAUACAGUCUGUAUUCAGAUUUUUCUAUUCAUCCCCAAAAUGUCACUUGUGUUGAUUUUUUUUUUCCGAAAUACAAGAUCAUGCAUUGCCUUUGGUUGUCAUGUAAGUUUUGUCGCUUUGGAAUAUAUAUCACUUCUGUUCAGAAUUAGAGAGUUGGUUUUUUGACUCAUCACCUGCAAGCUCUUUUGAAGGAAAAAAAAAGGCUUUAGGGGUUUCAAGGGGGCUGCUUGCUAGAAAACCAAAUUGCCCAGGUAAGAGGAACUUUUUUUGUUUUAAUUUUGAAAAAUUUGGCUGGGUUCUGGUGUCUUGACUCAGCAAAAUCUAUAAUGCAGCAAGGCUUGGUAAGCAUUAAAGGGGGUACUGAAGCUUUCCUUUAUUUCAUAAUCCCGAUUGUUUUUCUAGAAACCAUCAAUAGCCUCUAAAUGACUGACUCAAUUUUUGGAUCCUAUUCUCAUGACUAAGCAAAUGUUUGAUUUGAAACCAGCCCAGUAUAAAUGUCUCUGUGCCUCUAACUCUCUGUAGCUAUUCCUGGAGUUCAGCACUGGGAAAACCAAUCUAUGCACUAAAAAUGUCUAAAACUGGAACCAAGGUAAGUAAAUGGUCAUGCUGAUUUCUAGCGUACCCACUUUCUUUUCACCUAAUGAUACACUGAAAGAAACAUGGAGAAAAACAGAAGCCUGGAGGUGAGUAUGAUCACGGUUAGAAGGCUAGGAUUAGAGAAAAUAUUAAGAAAUGCUUAUUGUAUUUCCUACUUUAACAGAAUUACCAAAGAGUUUAUUAAGGGUUUAUCUUUAUGUGUGGUACUAUGUUGAAUAUUGUACAUGUAUGUAAUGUGUAAAUAUCACCACAUUUCUGCCUUCCAGCAACUAAUCUUUGAACUUCCACAGGAAUAGGACAUGCACAUAAGAGGAUUAUGUGGAGUUAAAAACUUAGUAUUCAAUUAAAAAUUUGUCUUGUGAAAUCUAGCCUCAACCAUUAAUAUUCUAGAAGGCCAAAGUGGAUGGACCAGUCAAGUGAAUUAAAUCCUACAUACCCACUUCAUUCAGCAGUUACGCUUACCCCUGUCCCCAAAUACAUUGCUUACUUGGGUUAGGAAAAUUGCCUCUGAAAUACUUGAUUCACUAUUGUUGGACUGGACACUGAUUCUCUUCAGGAAUGAGGGACUAUACCUUCAUUCUGUUUUUACUUCUUCCACUGACCAUAGCUCUAAAGCAAAGCCUUGGUGCCUGAUAUUCCUCCCUAAUGUUCUACUCUGAAAAUGUUAAAAACCAUUGAAUCUUAAAAGAAGAAAGGUGUUGAACGAAUACUCGUGUGUCAUUUACUUAUAUUCUCCAAUUGUUAACAUUUUGCCAUAUCUGGUUUCUCUGUCUCUCUUUUAACUAAAUCAUUAGAAAAUAAAUAGCAACUUUGUUAUACUUUUGCCUGAAGUAUUUUAGGCAUGUAUAUCCUAAAAACAGGGGUAUUCCCUGUGUAAACAUAUCAUGUCCCCCAAAUUUAUAAGUGUAAUACCCAAUAUUCAGACUCUAUUCAGAUUUCCUUCAAUUGCUCCCCAAAAUGUGCUUCAUGGCUGGCUUUUCCCCUGCUGUGGAAUCCAGUCAAGGAUCACACAUUGCAUUUGGUUGUCAAGUUUCUUUUAACUUCUUUUUGUUUGUUUGUCUUAGCCUCUUUCAUAUAAAACAGUUCCCCUAUUUUUUGUUCUUGUUCCUUGAGACAUUGACAUUUUUCAAAGUCCAGACCAGGUGUCUUAUGGAAAGUCCCAAUAUCUGGGUUUGUCUAAUUGUUUUCCCAUGUUUAGAUUCAGACUAACCACUUUGGCAAGAAAUCUACGUAGGCAACAUCAGGUACUUCUCAGUGUAUUUUUUCAGAAGGUAUCUCUUAACUUGUUCCGUAAUUGGUUAGUGCCUGAUUUUUCUUCCCAUUUGGAAAAGAGAACUAAUAGUUAUACUUGCAUCUAGAAGGUUUGGGGAGAAAAAUAAGACAGUGUUCUUUAGUGCUCUGAGGUUUUUGAAAAAUGCCAUGAAAUGCCAUGAAAAUCCCACUAAAGAGAAUCUGAAAUCCUUCGAGGGAUGUCCAUGUGCCUGGAGGGGAGACUCUUAGAGAACAUCCCCCACUUUUAAAAGAUUUCCAGACUAGGAAUAGUGUAAUCUCUUUUAUUUCUUGUAGCUGGGCUGUUCAUUUAGUUAAAAACUGUUGUUGCUAGGCCAAAGGAGAUAGUAAUUCAUCUCUUAUUCUUCCUCUUAUUGCUUCUCCCUUUCUCACUAUCUUGCUAGCAAUUUAAUCACAGGAGUCAUGGGCUUGGCAGAAGCAAUGCAUUUUACUAAGUUUGUUUUUGUUACCUCUGGAAUUCUCAAGACAUGUUUCUCUCUGCUGUAUUGGAUUAGUAGGCUAUUUUUGAAAACAUGAACUUGAAAAUUAGAGGAAUUUUAUAAUAACUUCUAGGAAAGUCUCCUGCACAUUUCUUAGCCUUCUCUACAAAAAUUUUUGCCUGAGUCCCAACCUCUCAGCUGACUGUGAAGUAGAUUUCAUGGUCCUUCUAUAAAUGGAAAUUGAAUAGAGCUGCAACAUUCUCUGGGUCCUGAGAUUUGGUCUCAGGUCUCCCACCACAAGGAGCGCUUGGCCCUGGGACUCAGUAGUGGUUCUGUGGCAACACUAGGGCUUUGUUUCUACCGUGGGAUGAUUGGCUGGUCUGCUGGAAAGGUGGACAGCAGGGAAGAAUCAUGUGUAUUUCCACUUCUCAGAUACUGAAGUCAGUCAGGUAAAUGUGCAGAGGGUAGUAAGUGUGAGAAACAAUGAAGGAAGAAAGCUGAUAUUAAUUUCCCUUAGCGUAUCCCUUGCAAAGCCUCUUUUUUGCUGAAUAGUUGGCCAAAAAACAAAGGUAAAUUGACUUAAGGAGUUUAGAAUCUAUCCAUUCUUAGAGAAGUUAUUUUGAUUUUCCUAACAAGUUUCCCACAGGUUUUGGGAAAAGCCUUAUCAGAUCCAGGAACAGUCUUGUUCCAUUUCUAAGAGUAAAUGGUGUAUGUUGAACAGAGCUAGCUGUGCAGGCAGCAGGACAGCAGAGGG